UUAUUCUAAAUAAUUUUGAAAAUAUAAUUCAAGUUGAAUAGUCUCUCACGAAUUGAUGCACAUUUAUUCAAUCAAUCCAAGCGCAAAAUCAAUGACAUUUUUGGCGAGAUCGAUGAUUAUGUACACGAUGCUGUGCAAUACAUAACAGCGACCGAAGGUAAUGAUGACUUGAUUCAAAAAGCCGAAGCAGCUGUAGUUGAGGAAUAUGUAGGCAAAGUCGCUGGAAUCAAGGAAGUGUUGAAGCGUGAUCAUAUGAAAGUGGCCUUCUUUGGAAGAACAAGCAAUGGAAAAAGUAGUGUUAUCAAUGCUAUGCUGCGAGACAAGAUCCUCCCGAGUGGAAUCGGCCAUACAACAAACUGCUUCUUGCAAGUGGAGGGAUCCGAAAAUGGCGAAUCAUAUCUUAUGACAGAGGGUUCAGAUAUGAAGCAGAAUGUCAAGUCAGUGGGGCAACUAGCACACGCACUGUGCGAGGAGAAGCUGGGCGAGAGUCAGCUGGUGCGCAUCUUCUGGCCACGUGACAAGUGCCUGCUGCUGCGUGACGACGUGGUGCUGGUCGACUCGCCCGGCAUCGACGUGACGCCCAACAUGGACGAGUGGAUCGACAAGCACUGCCUCGACGCCGACGUCUUCGUGCUGGUCGUCAACGCAGAGUCUACUCUCAUGUUGACCGAGAAAAACUUCUUCCAUAAAGUAUCGACACGUUUAUCGAAGCCGAAUAUAUUUAUCUUGAACAAUAGGUGGGAUGCAUCUGUAUCAGAGGCUGAAUACAUUGAUCAGCAGCAAAAUGAUGUUAUUCAAAGACAGGUUAGAAGUCAACACUCUGAAAGAGCAGCUGAUUUUCUGGUUAGAGAGUUGAAAGUGUGCAGCACAAAGGAAGCAGCAGAGCGAAUCUUUUUCAUCUCAGCUAAAGAAGUUCUCCAAGCUAGGCUUCAGGAGCAGAAAGGGCUGCCAGCACAUAGUGGUGCAUUAGCAGAAGGGUUUCAAUCUCGAUAUUUUGAAUUUCAAGAUUUUGAGAGGAAAUUUGAAGAAUGUAUAUCAAAUUCAGCUGUGCGCACGAAAUUCGAACAACAUUCUCAGCGAGGAAAGAACAUAGCUGUAGAAGUUCGUGACGUAAUGGAAAAGGUGUACGAACGAGCUUUAGCGCUACAGAAAGAGAAAACGUACCUGAAGAAGGAAGUCUAUGACAAGCUGAAUUUCACUGAGCAGCAACUGAUGUUGAUAACCCAAGAAAUGAAAGAAAAAAUACGCUUCAUGGUUGAAGAUGUUGAACAAAAAGUUUCAAAAGCACUGAGUGAAGAAAUUCGUAGACUUUCAGUGCUUGUUGAUGAAUUUAGUGUGCCUUUUCAUCCAGAGCCACUUGUAUUAAAUGUUUAUAAGAAGGAAUUACACACGCAUGUCGAAGCUGGAUUAGGAAGUAAUCUGCGAGCGCGGCUCUCAACAGCUUUAUCAAUGAAUAUCGAGAACAGUCAACGAGAAAUGACUGAUCGUAUGGCGAAGCUACUACCCCCAGAUAAUAAACAAGUGCAUAUGAAUGUAUUGCCCAGAAGAGAGCCAUUCGAAAUUCUGUACCGUUUGAAUUGUGACAACCUGUGUGCUGAUUUCCAUGAAGAUCUUCAGUUCAGGUUCUCGUGGAGCAUUACCUCCAUCAUACAGCGGUUCGCCGCCAAGAAAUCCAAUCAUAUCGCGGUCAACCACUAUUCGCAACAUCCUCAAAGGAUUCCACCGUCAUUGGUGUCUCCGGUGGAGCCUGACGAAGGCAUGGGCUACGGCAGUGCCAACAAUGCCUUUUAUUUCCCGCAACUGCAGUCGGAGGAAUGGUCUCUCAUAUCACGGUUCGCUCUGGCUUCAGCGGGAUCUCAAGGCACCAUGGGAGGACUGCUUGUAGCUGGAUUUAUGUUAAAAACAGUUGGUUGGCGAUUUGUGCUGGUAACAGGCGCAUUGUACGGCUGUCUGUACGCUUACGAGCGUCUCACGUGGACGAACAAAGCAAAAGAGCGCACAUUCAAGAGUCAGUAUGUUAACCACGCAACAAAGAAACUCAAAUUAAUCGUCGAUCUCACAUCCGCCAACUGCAGCCACCAAGUGCAACAAGAGUUGUCGAGUACAUUUGCUCGCCUGUGUCAUCUGGUUGAUGGAGCCACCAAAGAGAUGGAUGUCGAGAUGAAGUCGCUGGAGCAGCAACUUCACCAGCUCGAUGAAGCUGCCACUUCAGCAAAACUUCUCAAGAACAAGGCAUCUUAUAUUAUUAAAGAGUUAGAAAUGUUCGAAGAAGCGUACCUUAAAUCGCAUAACUAAAUUGACAGUACAAUGUAAAUUUGUUUACUAACAAUAAUAAUGUACAGGCUAGAAAAGAAUCGAGUCAAGUAUAUUGAAACAUGUUUUCCCGAUAUGCAUUGUUUGCAAAUAUAAAUAAUAAUUACUGUAAUUAAAGUUUUAGGAGAUUGUUGUAGUUUUCUUUUUGAACUUCUAUGGCAUCUGGUUGUCAAGGAUUUAAGAGCUGGAUUGCAACUUUAUUAAAAAAAAACAAACAUUAUAUAUUUGUUUAAUCAGUCCAACGUAGUUCACUAAUUUCAUGUUUUAAUAUCAAUCACAAUUUUCCUCUAAUAACUGGUGAUUUUAAGCUGUUUUGAUUUCAAUCUCUUACAUAUUAUGUAUACUUUCUUUUACAUUCAAUCUCUUAUAAUUCUUCUAACUCGAUUUUCAACCAGUAAUAUUAUAAUAGAUUGCUAUUAAUGUGUGUAAAGUCGAUCAAACUAGGUUUCUAUAGUAAUUUUUGCUAGUCUGAUUAUUAUAAAAACAAUCAUUGUGAUAGGUUGGUUAAUCGAUCAAAUAAUUUUAUAUGGAAAUUUAUUGAAAAUUCCGAUACUGUUUUAUUCAUUAUUGUUUCAAAAGUAAUAUCACUUCUUACUUGCUUUUUACCCUAGAAAUAUCGGAAGGACUCUCGUUCUUUAUUUAAACUACUUAACAAAUAUUUCAGAUUUUGACUAGCUACCUCUGUGUUUCUCUAAGUGCCGGUUGCACAAAAGCCGGUUAAAUUUUAACCGUGAUUAGUUCCACGAGAACCAAUCAGAGAGAGAAGCCGUCUUAUCACAAAGGCCUUCUCUGAUUGGUUCUUGUAAAAUUAAUCACGAUUAAAAUUUAACCGGUUUUUGUGCAACCGGGCCUAAUUAUUAAAAACAUUUGUUAAGGUCUUACCGUUUAUAAAGUUGAUAAUGAUGCUUUUUUAAUAUUUGUUAAUAUCUUUACAGAGUAAAUUUAUUUUCUUGAAAAAGUUUUUAAAUAGUUGAAUUCUUAAUUAACUAUGCAAAAUAGAAUUUUAUUAAUCAACUUUUGUUGCUAUGCAUCUAUUUUUCCGAAUUCAUUACCAAAUCGUUCUUAACCAAUUUUCACAAUGAUAUUUAUUGUCCUGAUUUACAUUAAAAUUAUUCAAAUUACUUUUUGAUUGAUCAGUUUCUAGAUUGGCAGCUCUGUUUCUGAAUUAUUGUUACCUGUUGCAUGAUUGUUUUUAUGUAGAUAAAACUUGAACCUCAUUAAUUUGUACUACAGAAAUGAGAUGUAGUAGUCAUUAUUUGUAUUCAGUUGAAUCUGUGUAGAUGAAUUAUUUAGCCUAUUUGUUAACAACAUAUUAAGUGUUGCGUUAUAUUUGUGUAUAGUUCGAUUCAUCAUUGUUAAGUGUUGAAAGUAAUAAAUUACAAGUGGCCAAAA